UUUGCAGUUUCUGUGCAAUGGGACUUGUAAUUUCAGAGGAAGGUAGAGAGCCACAUUUCCUGCGUUUGUUUUGUGAAAUAGAUGGACUGGCUAAUGCAGCGUCUAAAAUGUCCUCUUAUCCACUGCAAAAGCGGGUAAGAGGAUUUCUGAGUGUAUUGUAGUAGACGUUCUUGCUCUUACUAAAAAUAUGCAUGUAACCUUGCAGCUUGAUCACCGUUAGCGCCACUCUUUCCUGCUUCCUCUACAGCAAAGACUCUGUCCCCUCCAGCCUGUACCUCCUUUCUCUUCUACAGCUUAUCAAGCUAAAAAUGAUUUACAUGAUUUACCACAGUUGUGGUGUGGAGGGAGAAAUGGAUCACGACUGUCUUGGGAGAGUAGGCUCUGGCUGGAGCAAGACUGUCCAGCAUGUCCAACUGCCUGCCAAAACUGACCACAGUGCUGCUCAGCCACAGGCUCGGGGCUCUGUCUAUCCUCACCGUUUCCUUUUUGUUCUUUGCUUCUGUCAUGUUCUACUGGAGAACUGGAGAGGACGCUGAGAGCCAGCUCUACAGCUUGCCUACACAAAGCAGGUGUGAACUGGUUUUGCCUUCCCUUCCCCAUCCUACUGCCAGUGGGCCCCCUCCUUCCCCAGGGAAUGUGUUUUUUGUGGAGACAUCGGAGCGAACUGACCCAAGUUACCUGUUCAUGUGCUCUGUGGAGUCAGCAGCGAGGACGCACCCUGGGACAAGGGUCGUGGUGCUCAUGAAGGGCUUGGCAAACAGGAACGCCUCGUUACCCAAACACUGGGGCUUCUCAUUGCUGAGCUGCUUCCCCAAUGUGGAAAUCCAGCCCCUGGACUUGACAGAGCUUUUCUCUGGAACACCUCUGGCAAAGUGGUACUUGCAGGCUCAGCAGCGCUGGGAGCCUUAUUUCUUACCUGUCCUGUCCGAUGCCUGCAGAAUUGCCAUCAUGUGGAAAUUUGGUGGCAUCUACCUGGACACAGACUUCAUUGUGCUUAAGAACUUGAAGAACCUCACCAAUGCCCUUGGUAUUCAGUCUCAAGAUGUGCUGAAUGGGGCUUUUCUGUCCUUUAAACCCAAGCAUGGGUACAUAGAGCUUUGCAUGCAGGACUUCGUAGACAAUUACAAUGGCUGGAUCUGGGCGCACCAGGGGCCAGGUCUCCUAACACGUGUGUUUAAGAAGUGGUGCUCCAUCAGUAAUAUCCAGAGCACUAUGAGCUGUAAAGGUGUGAGUGCUCUUCCCUCAGAAGCCUUUUAUCCCAUUCCCUGGCAGGACUGGAAGAAGUUAUUUGAAGCCAUCAGCCCCUCAGUGCUUCACAAGCUCCUUGAAAACACCUAUGCAGUGCAUGUAUGGAAUAAACUGAGCCAUGGGACAAGGUUAGAGAUCACAUCCCAGGCUUUGCUGGCUCAACUGUAUUCUCAGUUCUGCCCUGCUACAUAUGCAAAGGUGAAGAAGGACUCUUGAAGAGCAGCCAGGGCCUGCGGUAUGACCUGUGGACCUUUGGCUGCAGGGAAGUUCUCCAACCUGAAGGACACUCAGUGCCUUUCACCUUCCACAGAGCAGGUAUUCCAUGUGACAGCUCAGUGAUUUUGUACCAUUUCCAAUAUCUGCCUCAGACCCUACGUGCUUCAAAUGAACCAGAACCUUAUUUUGGACUCUUUUGCACUUCAGUAGCUCUUGGUGCUGCAGAGAAAGGUGAAUUUGUUCAUCAGUGCCUAUCAGUUGCUGGUCUAUUGCUGUUAUCUCAUUGUUCCUCUUGUGUAUUAUACCUCAAAAGCCUCUCUGUAGUUUCAACAGCUGUAGGAACCCUUGGCUUGUUCUCUGUAAUGUUUCUAAGUAUGUAAAUAAAUGCCAGGCUGUGCUAUAGGA